AUGCUACCACAAGUCAAAGAACUAUGGCCACUCGUGCUCCCGCAGUGUCCACGGACACUCCUUUUUCCGCAACCGAUUUUGCACCCACUCGCGGCGGAGCGCACUACGUGCAGUGACGUAAAGAAGCCACACGCCACCCAGCAGGCCACAGCCGUUUGGGAGCCCGAGACUCUUAAAGCGGCAGAGCAACUUUUUCCAGGAAAGAUGACAGACCAGAUAUGCACCUUUCUUUUCAAAAAGCUUGGGCGAAAAGGGGCUACAGGUCUCAGAAAGCGCCCGAUCUGCCACCAAGAGUCCGGAGACGACAGCAGCAGCAGUGACGAAGGCAGCGCUGUGGUUUGCCCGGAAAAGAAGCGGACGACCCACAAUCCGAUGAUACAGAAGACCCCUGGCAGUGGUAAACAGAAGGCAGCUUACGGUGACCAGAGUAGCCAGGAGGAGGAGAACGAGCCCGAGAGUCUCGGCGUGGUCUAUAAGUCCACUCGCUCAGGGAAACCCCUGGGGCCAGAGGAUAUGGGGGCGACUGCUGUCUACGAGCUAGACACAGAGAAGGAGCGUGACGCGCAAGCCAUCUUUGAGCGCAGCCAGAAGAUCCAGGAGGAGCUGAGGGGCAAGGAGGAUGACAAGAUCUAUCGGGGAAUCAAUAAUUAUCACAAGUACAUGAAGCCCAAGGAUACAUCUAUGGGCAAUGCUUCCUCCGGGAUGGUGAGGAAAGGCCCCAUCCGAGCUCCCGAGCAUCUGCGUGCCACCGUGCGCUGGGAUUACCAGCCCGACAUUUGUAAGGACUACAAGGAGACUGGCUUUUGCGGCUUUGGAGACAGCUGCAAAUUCCUCCAUGACCGUUCAGAUUACAAACAUGGGUGGCAGAUCGAACGUGAUCUUGACGAGGGUCGCUAUGGUGUCCAUGAGGAUGAAAACUAUGAAGUGGGAAGCGAUGAGGAGGAAAUACCGUUCAAGUGUUUCAUCUGUCGCCAGACCUUCCAAAACCCAGUUGUCACCAAGUGCAGGCAUUAUUUCUGCGAGAGCUGUGCGCUGCAGCAUUUCUGCACCACCCCGCGCUGCUAUGUCUGUGACCAGCAGACCAGUGGCAUCUUCAAUCCAGCGAAAGAAUUGAUUGCUGAACUAAAGAAGCAUAGAGCUGCAGAAGAGGGUGGUGCUUCUGAUUUCCCAGAAGACCCCGAUGAGGGUCCAAUUCCCAUUACUUAAUUUUCCCAUUAUUCUCAUAUCUCAAAAUAAAUGUUGUUUUUGGGGGAAAAAAAAACACAAGUCCUUCCCUAGUACCUUCAGAGAGGGCAUGGCCCUGUCAGCACCUUAAUCUGUCUUCUAGCCUACAGAACUGUGAGAUAAUAAAUUUCUAUUGUUCUGGGCCACUCAGUUGUUGGUACUUUGUUAUGACAGUCCUGAAUCCACUGAAGUUGAAGCAUAGAAGAUCAAUAUACAAAAAUCAGUCACAUUUUUAUACACUAACA